GGACCUACUUUUUCUGUAAGAUCGAGGGCCCCCAGCUCUGCCCACAACAGGCGCUUCCUUCGUUUCUCUGCCGGACCCCAUAUUAGUAGACUCAGCAGCCCACAUCGGCUUAGAAACCGCACCCAGAGUCCACGCGAUUGGCUUCCUCUAAGCCCCGCCCAGACCACUCCCCCAAGUUCUAGUGUGUUUUCCACCUUGACGCCACCUCGGUGCCAUCUGUGGAUUCCUUGCCUCUGUACUCUGUGAUAGCGGUGGCAAUCGUGGAGAUGGAUGUCACCAGUGACACCGUGGAAGUGCUACCCCAGCACAAGUUCGACAUCAGGUCCCUGGAGGCCUACCUGAAUCAGCACUUGCCUGGUUUUGGGUCAGAUCCCCGAGCUAUUCUGACUGUUACUCAAUACAGAUCAGGACAGUCCAAUCCAACCUUUUUCCUCCAGAAAGGAUCUCAAGACUAUGUUCUCAGAAAGAAACCACCGGGCUCUCUUCUUCCCAAAGCACAUAAGAUUGACAGAGAAUUCAAAGUUCAGAAAGCCUUGUUUUCUAUUGGAUUUCCUGUUCCCAAGCCUCUCCUGUACUGCAGUGAUGCCUCCAUCAUCGGAACAGAGUUUUAUGUGAUGGAGCGUGUACAGGGUCGUAUCUUUCGUGAUUUUUCGAUUCCUGGAGUUAGCCCAGCAGAACGUGCAGCCAUAUAUGUGUCUAUGAUAGAAACCUUGGCCUGGCUACACUCACUGGAUGUUCAGUCACUGCGGCUGGACAGAUACGGUACUGGAGUCGGGUACUGCAAAAGACAGGUAUCCACCUGGACAAAGCAGUACCAGGCUUCGGCCCAUCAGAACGUCCCUGCCAUGGACCAGCUCUCCAAGUGGCUAAUGAACAAAUUGCCAGAUAAUGACAAUGAGGAGUGCCUGAUUCACGGAGACUUCAAGCUGGAUAACAUAGUUUUCCACCCCAAAGAGUGUCGGGUGAUAGCAGUAUUGGACUGGGAGCUUUCGACCUUCGGCCAUCCUUUGUCAGACCUAGCCCAUCUCUCCUUGUUCUACUUUUGGCCCAGGACACUGCCCAUGAUAAACCGAGGCUCUCACAUUCAAGAGAACAAAGGAAUACCAUUGAUGGAAGAACUGAUUUCAAUAUAUUGCCGUCGCAGGGGAAUUGAUCCUAAUCUUCCUAACUGGAAUUUCUUUAUGGCCCUUUCAUUUUUUAAAUUCGCUGGAAUAGCACAGGGAGUCUACAGUAGAUACAUCUUGGGAAAUAAUUCAUCUGAGGAUAGCUUUCUGUCUGCCAGUGCUGUGCAACCUCUGGCAGAAACUGGAUUACAGCUCUCAAAACGGACUUUCAAAACUGCACUCCCACAGGCUGACCCUAAAAGCCAGCUGUUUGUACAGACCAGGAGAGGCCAGGAAGUUCUCACUAAGGUUAAGCAGUUCAUGAAGCAGCACGUCCUUCCUGCCGAGAAGGAAGUAGCUGAAUACUAUGCUCAAAGUGGAAGCUCAACAGAAAAGUGGGGGCACCCCUUAGUGAUUGAAAAACUGAAGGAAAUGGCCAAAGCAGAGGGCCUGUGGAACUUGUUCUUGCCAGCUGUGAGUGGUCUCAGCCAGGUGGACUAUGCCUUGAUUGCCGAAGAGACAGGAAAAUGCUUUUUUGCUCCAGAUGUUUUUAACUGCCAAGCACCAGACACGGGCAACAUGGAGGUCCUGCACCUGUACGGCAGUGAGCAGCAGAAGCAGCAGUGGCUGGAGCCUCUCCUGCGUGGGGAGAUCACCUCUGUCUUCUGUAUGACAGAGCCCAAUGUUGCAUCAAGCGAUGCCACAAACAUUGAAUGCAGCAUCCAGCGAGAUGGAGAUGGCUAUGUAGUUAACGGCAAGAAGUGGUGGAGCAGCGGUGCUGGGAGCCCCAAGUGCCAAAUUGCAAUUGUUUUGGGAAGAACGGAAGAUUCUGUGUCCAGACACAAACAACACAGCAUGAUUCUUGUUCCAAUGGACACACCUGGAGUGGAAUUAAUAAGGCCUUUGUCGGUGUUUGGCUACAUGGAUAAUAUACACGGUGGGCACUGGGAGGUCCAUUUCAACCACGUGCGGGUUCCUGCCACCAAUUUAAUAUUGGGUGAAGGCAGAGGGUUUGAGAUUUCCCAAGGCCGCCUCGGACCGGGAAGAAUCCACCACUGUAUGAGAACCGUGGGUCUGGCAGAACGCAUUCUGCAGAUCAUGUGUGACCGGGCCUUGCAGAGGGUAGCCUUCAGGAAGAAGCUGUGCGAACACGAGGUCGUGGCGCACCGGAUUGCUAAAAGCCGCAUAGCCAUCGAGGAGAUCCGCUUGCUGACCCUGAAAGCAGCACACAGCAUAGACACCCUGGGCAGUACUUCAGCCAGGAAGGAGAUUGCUAUGAUCAAAGUGGCUGCCCCAAAAGCCGUCUGCAAAAUAGCUGACUGGGCCAUCCAGGUGCACGGAGGCGCAGGCGUGUCCCAGGAUUACCCUCUAGCUAACAUGUAUGCCAUCAUACGUACCCUGCGCUUAGCAGACGGGCCUGACGAAGUCCACCUCUCAGCAAUUGCCAAAAUGGAGCUUCGGGACCAAGCCAGGCGGUUGGCAGCCAGGAUGUGAGGGGAACAGUGCUGCUCUAUCCUGCUGCCGGAAAGGAUGGACACACACUUAAUCAGCUCCAAAUCUCAAGACUCACAUUUCUGCAAUAGAUUGAGCAUGGGGCUAAUUAUUCACCUGUGGUAAAGAUUUUAGCAUCUAUUUUGAUUAUGGGGUUUUAUAAUGUUAAGGAUCACAAAGACGUGAGGUAAAUAGGACAUCUCAUAGCUCUCAUCAUUGAGUCUAGUGUUGUAACGCUUUAACAUUUUCUUUAUAUGCAUGUGACCUAUGAUGAGGUCACACUGGGAAUGGUAGAGGUAUUUCUGGAGCGUCGGCAUAAAAAGCUUGUUAGUUAGACUUUCAGGAAUUAACCCCAGGCCUAUUUCAUCUUGUUCUGAGGCAUAUAUAAUUGUGCCCCCUUUAAUAGUGUUUUUGGGGCUUAGAUUACCACCUCAGAGAAAGACAUAACUAGAAUUUUUUGAGGUUCCCAUGAUAAGCCUCUUCCUAACCCAACGGGAUGCAAUUCCAGUGAGAUCUGGAUGCAGGUAAAAGCUCAGGAGAAAAUGUAGCAUGUUGGAAGAACAUAUAAUCACGGCCACUUAAGUUCCGUAGAAAACUCCAAGGAGAUCGAUGAAUAAUUGGUGCUACAUCAAAGCUCUGUGGCUCCAUGAGAGCUGGUCUGGUCAGGUCGCCCUCGAGGCCAUUCCUGUCAGAACUGCCCUGAAGUGCAGCUGUGGGUCACGAUGGCCCUCUACAUCAAAAUGUCACUGGCACCACAGAAGAACCGCAAAGUUUUCAUUUAAAUACAUAUUUCAGUCCAGUUACUGAGGAAAACUGUUAAGUGUAGCUGUAAAGGCUUGGGCGGGUGGAUCUACUUUUUCAGAUAUGGCUGUUUUGAAAUCUCAACACAAAGAGAAAUAUUUUAAAUCCAAAUUUGGCAUCCAAAUAAACACAGUAAGUGUCAAAUACACAAUUUAAAAUAUCUCCUGAAUAAUGUCUUUAUAUAUUGAUCAUACAUUGAAUUAUAUUUUGGUAAUAUUGAGCUAAAUAAAAUGUACCCAGAUCUUC